CUACUGAGCGCUCCUCCUCUCAUCCCUUUGCCUGUUUCAUUUUAAUAUCUCUGUUCCUCGUCCCAGAUUGAUCUUUAACUGCUCAGUUGUAAACUUGUAAAAUCUUUGUUGUGAUACAUUUGUUUUAUUAUUUCACAUAAUAAUUAUCAGUUCCGCUUACUAAAAAAUUAGCUAACCUAUUCCUAAAGUACUAAUUGUAAACAUUAAUUCCACUAACACUAAAACAAAACACCAACAUAAAAUAUCAUGGAAGCUAUCCUUUAGUACUAUACCAACAUUUUAUCUAGCAGAUGCUAAUGCUAAAGUAAUUUAUCAACAUAUCUAGUUGAAGCUAACGCUAAAACGCCACAACAACAUAGUUUUUAAUGGAAGCUAACGCUAAAGUAUCAACAAAUUAUUUAUUGGGAGUUAAUGCUAAAGCUCUACACAAAUACUAGCAAACAAUAAAAACAAAUAAAAAAUAAAACAGUAUAACAACAACAUAGUAUUUAAGCUAAAGCACUAAUUUAGUCAUGUUGAUACCCAACUUGGCAAUAACAAAUUGUAUAACAUGCAUUCAACAGUCUGUUUUUUCUCUUUGUAAAGCCUGACCGUUGUCGAAAUGUCUUAAAAUAAAUUCAGAAAAUGAUCCUGAAAAAUUCAGCCUGGAAAAGAAUGUUGACAUGAAAACGAUGUAGGAACUUUAAACACAAAAAAUGUAUAUUUUUUUUUCUUGUAGAAUUAUCCAGAAAGAUUUUCCACCAAUUAACUUGCUUUUCGUUUAAGUGAAUGUGAGAGCUGAACGCUUACGAAAAGAGCCGCCAAACCUCAUUCAAAGUAAUUCAAAUUAAAUUUUACUUCACUUUAUACAAACGUCAGUGUGGAAUAUUUUUUCAUGACAUAAUUUUCCCAACAUUGUUCGGUUAUUAAUUAAUUCAGCUUAAAAAUUACAGCUCUGAAGUCUUUAUUUUUACAGGUAUUUCACUUUUAUUCUUGCUAGCACACGUUCACGGUUGCAGAGCAGCGCCGCAUUAAAUUAGCAGCUUUCAGUAAGGAGUCUUGUACGGAGUUCGGAGGCGGGUUCACUCUUCGUGUUGGGAGCAGAGCAGACAGAACAGGGGGACAUACUGGACCACGAUGAACACUUGAAGAUGAUUUGUGGAUAAAGAGUGAAACGUGUUGCUUACAGCUGCAGCCAUGGAGUUAUUCAAGCAGCAGAAUGUGGAGGAUUUCUAUGAGAUUGGAGAAGAACUGGGCAGCGGCCAGUUUGCCAUCGUGAAGCAAUGCAGAGAGAGGAGUUCUGGUCUGGACUACGCCGCCAAGUUCAUCAAGAAGCGGCAGAGCCUGGCGAGCUCCCGGGGAGUCCGGCGGGAGGACAUCGAGCGGGAGGUCACCAUCCUGCAGCAGGUCCAGCACCCCAACAUCGUCACUCUGCACGACGUCUACGAGAACCGCACCGACGUGGUGCUCAUCCUGGAGCUGGUCUCUGGCGGUGAGCUCUUUGACUUCCUGGCCCAGAAGGAGUCUCUGAUUGAGGAGGAGGCCACUCAGUUCAUCCAGCAGAUCCUGGAAGGCGUGAACUACCUCCACACCAGGAAGAUCGCCCACUUUGACCUGAAGCCAGAAAACAUUAUGCUGCUGGAUAAGAACGUGGCGCUGCCCAGGAUCAAGAUCAUUGACUUCGGCCUCGCCCACACCAUCGAAGCCGGGGUCGAGUUCAAGAACAUCUUGGGAACGCCGGAGUUCGUAGCUCCAGAGAUUGUGAACUACGAGCCGCUGGGGCUGGAGGCCGACAUGUGGAGCGUCGGAGUGAUCACCUACAUCCUGCUGAGUGGGGCGUCUCCGUUCCUGGGGGAAACCAAGCAGGACACGCUGGGGAACAUCUCCGCUGUCAACUACGAGUUUGACGAGGAGUUCUUCGGUCACACCAGUGACCUGGCCAAGAAGUUCAUCAGCCAGCUGCUGGAGAAAGAUAAGAGGAAGAGGUUAACAAUUCAGGAUGCUCUCAACCAUCCAUGGAUUAAGUCCAACGAGCUCAAAGAGGAGAAUAAAACCCAAGAGCCAAAGAAACGGGAACGCCGCCAGCUGAAGACCAAACGUCUGAAGGAAUACACCAUCAAGUGCCACUCCAGCAUGCCGCCCAACAACACCUACGUGAACUUUGAGCGCUUUGCUCAGGUGGUGGAGGACAUCGACCAGAUGGAGGGCUCGUUCUGCAGCCUGGCGGCGGCCCACGACUCCCUGCAGGAGGACAUCGACGCCUUGGUCUCCAUUUACAACGAGAAGGAGGCCUGGUACAAGGAGGAGAGCGAGGCCGUGCGGCACGAGCUCUCCCAGAUCCGCUACGAGUUCCGGAAGGUGGAGGCGUCCAAGAGGAGCCUGCAGGACGACAUGCAGGCCUUCAGCUGCGGCCUGGCCGCUGUCAGCGAGCGCUUCCAUGAGAGGCAGGGCCACUUCGACGCCCUGCAGCUGGAGCUCAGCAACGAGCUGAAGUGGGUGCAGGAGGCGGUGGGCUCCCUCCCAGCGAACGGAGGUGGAGGCUAUCCCAACUGCAGCUUCACCACCGUCUUCAACAACGACGUGAACGAAGCUCUCAAGGAGCUGCUCAGCCGCUCCUGUGGAGGAGAACUGCUGUCUGGAAUCAACCUGGACCUCACCGAGACCGGGCAGCAGCGCUAAGAACACAGAGCCGGGUCUGGGAGGGUCUGGGUCCAGAGUCCUUCCUUCUUUCUUUUCUUCCUUCCUUAUUGUUGUUUAUUGUAUAAUGGACUCAGUGGAUCCAGAACUCUGUGAAGUUGGGUCUGAUUUUGGGGGGAACCUUCAGUGGAACAUGUAGCACCUCUGAUGAUGUGACACACUGC